GUUGUUAAGUCCUUGACUUGAAAAACUAUAUAAAGUGAAACCGUCAACUCGCAGGACUUGAUAUUCAUUCAUUUUUAUCAAAGCCAAGAUGCAGACGCUUACAUUAGUUCUUUCCUUUGUACUAGGUAUUUCUUCAAUCACUGCUCAGCCAGCUGAUUUAUCUUCUAUGAAAACAUGCAAAAGAGGUACAGAUGAUUAUGCAUCAUGUAUGAGAUUAGCUUUUCAAGAGAAUUGGCCAACUCUCGUAAAAGGAAUGCCAGAGAUAGAUUUACCACCUCUAGAUCCUUAUGAGCUUGAUGUCAUGGCCACUGAUUACCAAUUCGGUGAAGUAACUGGCAAAAUAGUUGUACGUAAUGUUAAAACUUAUGGUAUGUCUAAAACUCGUUUCUUAUCUAUAAGACCAUCCUAUGAAGAAAAUCGUUAUCGUCUUGAUAUCGAUAUGGAAAUACCAAAAAUGUUUGUCGAAGGAGACUUUAAAUCUGACGGUACUGUUGGAUCUUUUAACGUGAUCGGAAAAGGUCAAUUUAAUAUUAGUAUGGAAGAUAUCUCAGGAACUAUGACUUUAGAAGGAGAAGUCAUUAAUGACAGAUGGGUUUUAGACAGAUAUAAUUUUAUGCCCGAAGUUGGAAAUAUGAAGGUCUGGGCUUCUGAUUUAUUCAAUGGCAACAAAGAACUCACUGAAGCAGCACUUAAAUUCGCAAAUGAAUACUGGCAAAUUCUUUACCGCGGAAUGUUACCUCACGCUGCUAAGACUUGGAACGCGUAUAUGAAAAAUCUGUGCAACCGUAUUCUAUCCCACAUUUCGUUCUCAAAAAUAUUUCCUCAAGAAAAAACCAACAAUAAUGGAAUUAAUGCUAAUGACAGUGAGAUGAGUCUAACGUCCAGAUGGUUGUUAAAGAUCCGGGUAAGGUUUGGUAUCAGAUUGCAGAGGCUAGCGGAUUCAGAGGUUGAUAUCAAAGAAGAUGCAUUCAAGAAUUGUUACUCAGACGUCAGUGGAUUUGACUCUUGUGUUAGAGAAGGACUUAAUUCUAUAAGACCAUAUUUCAAAACAGGCUUGUCGAAAUAUAAUGUCAAGCCGUUUGAUCCGUUUUUUGCUGAAGAAGUAACGGUGACGAGAGGUUUGCCUAGAAUUGGAUUUGUUUUGACAUUGAGAAAUGUUACGGAAAGUGGAUGGACAGCAAGCAAAGUUACCAAGUUUGUCAGCGACUUAUCUAAUUAUAAAAUAGUUUAUACUCAAAGUUUUCCAGCAAAAUUUCUUAAUGGACAUUAUGAGUUCACUGGAAAUUUAUUGGGACCUCAAAUAAAAAAUAAAGGAAAAUUUACGCUUGAUUUAUAUGAUUUGAUUCAAACAACAACUAUCACAAAAAAACCAGGAGAAAAAUUAAAAGUCCGUGUUGAAGUUGAGACAAUAAGAGAUUUAAAAUUGCACAUUUCAAAUCUUCUACGAGGACGUCAGGUAUUAGAAAAUUUUAUGGAUACUGUUAUCAACGGGGCUUGGCAACCUGGUUUCAUUGUCACCAGAAGUGUUAUCAAUGACCUGACCAUGAAAAUUAUUAUAAAUCUUCUAUGGGCCACUAUAUCGGUUUUUUUUAUGUGCGGGGUUAAAGUUGACGGAAAAUACCGCGGACUUGAAUUUUUGGAACCAUGUUCUAGAAGUGACCCUAACUUGGAGUCAUGUCUUGCAAGAUCUGCUAAUGCAUUGAGUGAACACUUCCGGCACGGCCUACCGCAGUUGGGCUACCCAGAAGUCGAGCCUAUUGUGUUAGAUGAAGUUCACAUAUCCUUAGGUGGAGGACCGGACGGAUACAAAGCGCAAUUCCGCGAUGUUGCUGCAAAAGGUGUUUCAGCGCUGAGAAUAACUGGGUUAAGAACGCGGAUAACUGAUGAUGAAGUUCAAUUACAAUUGGCUUUGCAUAUACCGCAAAUUAGAGCCGCUGCCAAGUACCGGUCAAGUGGGAAGCUUAUCCUUGUUCAAGCUAGUGGUGCCGGUGAUUAUUGGGGCGAAUAUGAUGGAGUUAAAGCCAAAGUAUUUAUAAGAGCAAAACCAUUUUUAGUAGAAGGACAUAAAUAUUUAAGAUUGCAACAAUUAAAAAUGGACUUUAGUGUUGAAAACAUAAAAAUGGGAGUUGAAAAUGUUCAUGAUGGCAACACAAUAUUACAAGCUGCAUUAAAUCUAUUCAUAAAUAGCAACAGCCAAGAAUUGUUAAAAGAAAUGAAGCCUGAUCUAAGACGGAAAUUAGUUCAAGUAAUGACAUCUUUUGUAGAAAAAUUAUUCGCUCAAGUACCUUACGAUGCUUGGAUCAUUGAUUAAAUUUAAUUAGUUUUA